AUGAGUACACUUUGUAAAAGAAUUGAUUGUAUCACACAAUAUGUCGCAUCAACAAACGCAAUUUAAAGUGGUUAUGUUUAAACUCAUCCUCGAAAAUCUAGUUAUGAUUAAUACCUCAAUUUAUUCAGGUGUAAUCAAACUUUUCCAAAUAAAUGCUCUUUGAAUCAACUUAUCAUACCAAGCAUAGGCUUCUUUCGAUCAAAUCAUAUGGACAAUGAAAAACCUGAUUAUUGCUUUUUCAAUAAUUCACUAUCUAAAUAGGAUUAUCAAACCCUUGAUCUACAAGUGAAACUAACAAAUAACACUCCAGAUUAUCAAGCCUAUGUAUGGUAUUCAAAUGAUCAGAACAGCCCGUGGUCUAACAUUGUUGGUACAUUUUAAAUUAAUCAAACAAAUGACUAUCUUUAAGAUGGCUUCAGACUAGCAAAUUAGAUGAUGAUGUAUGUAGUAGUAUUUAAAAAUACAACAAUAAUUUCUUCAAAAUCUUAUGCAACUCUUUAAUUAUCACUUUUUGACUCUUGGAAUGGGACAGAGAGUAGUUAUGAUUAAGAAGCACCUGUUGUAGUUAUAAUUAUAGCAGUAGUAGUGGGAGGAUUAAUAACAGGAUUUUGUGUUGGAGCUAUCGUUUGGAUGGUAAUGAAAGUAAUAAAAAAGAGAAAAGAGGAGUAACUUGUUGAACAAAAAGAUUAGGAUUAGGAUGUAGAUGAUGAUGAUGAUGGACCAUACUAAAGGAACAAGUAGCUUAAAAAGAAACUUACCAAUACUAGAUAGCAAUCAUAGAUUAACCGUAAUGGGGAUAACUUUUAAAUUAAUGUUCCAGAUUUAGUAGAAAAUGACAUAGAAAAAUUAGAUAAUGGAAUAGAUGGUUUAGUGGAGAAUAAAGAUGUGGUAAAAGUCCUUCCUGGCAAAGUUGUUAUAAUAAAAUAAAAAACACAGCAAAAAGGGGUGAGAUUUGGAGAUGUAUAAGACCCAAAGAGCAGGCUAAGGAAUCCCCAAGGCCGGCAGUUGAAAAAGCUAUAUGAUGACAAUGUUGAAGAAAUAUAGAUUUAAAAAAAUAAUACAAGGCCUGGCACUGCUUCUAGUAAAAUUUAGAGAACAUCUACUCAUUCUUCAGUAUCAUUAAAUGAGUAGCAAAAGAAUAUGUCUACAGGUAAAUCUUCAUAGAAAAGUAUUGACAUUGGUGGAUCUUCUAACAAUGCCUAAAGCUAAAAUGAUAUCGGAGGAGCUUUUAAGGGUAGUUUCCAAUACUAAUUUAAAAAUAAGAGGCCUUCAAAUCAUUUCUAGGAAGAAAUUCUAAAGGAAGAUGAUUUUGUUGAAGAUAAAGCUGAUGGCCAAUCUGAUUUCCAAUAGGUUGACAUUAAUCAAAACAAUUUCAUAGUCGGUAGUUUUAGUGAAAGUGCUUUUGACUAAAAUCAAAGAGUAAAUAUGGUCAACAGUGAUGUGCAAAUUUUCAAAAAGAAUCAACAAUUGGGUUACAUCGAAGAAAAUGAUGAAGAAGGCUUAUAAGAUAAUUCUCCCAAUUAAAACAAUAUUUAUCUGAAUGAAGAUAUUGACUAAAGCACUAAGAAACGACUGAUAGCUCCUUCUGUGAAUAAACUUGUGGCUGAUGAAAAUGAAGAAACGAGUUAAAACUAUAACAGUGAUAGGAAAUAUAUUUAAGGAUAGAAUCGAAAUUCUAAACGCUAAAAAACUAUAUAGGAAGUAGAUGACGAAGAAGAGGAAGAAAAUAAUAAGCAGCACGUCCCUACAGGAGCUCAAGAGGAUGAUAAGGAGCUUCAAAAUGUAUUUUACUAAAAACGAAUUCUCGGGUUAGAUAAAAAUGAUGAGGAGGAGUAGGUUUCGCAGGAUUACGGAUAUGAGUCUAUCCAAGAAAUUGAAUAUAAAUGA